AUGUCACCAAACCCACCAAUUAAACCGAAAGAAGAAGAUUGCUGUAAUAGUGGUUGUAAUCCAUGUAUAUUUGAUGUAUAUGACAGAAAGCUACAGGUGUAUGAAAAGUUAAAGAAAACAAAUGUUGAAGACUGUAACAAUUGUAUUAACAAUGGUAUAUUGGAAAUUGAAUACACAACUUUUGUAAUAUUAGAUAUUAUAAAAGUUUCCAGUUCAAUAAUAAUUCUUAAAUUUAAAAAGCUGAGCAGCAACAAGUAUACAGUUUGGUGGAACCCUGGUGGUGUAUGGAGACAACUCCACGUAGAAAACACCCGUGUUCGAAUGGGCAAAGCGGUUCAAGAAAGAGCG